AUGUCGACUCAAGAGUUCAAGCAGGCCCCUCACAAGCUGCUCGUCAUUCCGGGACCCAUCGAGGUCGCCGAUGACGUACUCUUGGCCAACGCCCACCCAGCCAUGUCGCACGUCUCGCCCGACUUCAUUCCUGUCUUUGGCGACUGCAUUCGCAUGCUCCGCGAGGUCCUCUUCGCACCAAACUCGCAGCCUGUUCUCACCGCCGGUUCCGGUACUCUCGGCUGGGACCACGUUGCUGCCAACGUCAUCCAGCCUGGCGAGGAUGCUCUCGUUCUCAACUCGGGCUACUUUGGUGACAGCUUUGCCGACUGCCUCGAGACCUACGGUGCCAAGGUAGACCAGAUCAAGGCUCCCAUCGGAUCCAAGCCUUCGCUUGCUGAGGUCGAAGAGGCACUCCAGAAGAAGAAGUACAAGGUGCUUACCUUCACCCACGUCGACACUUCCACCGGUGUUCUCAGCGAUGCCAAGGGACUUGGUGAGGUCGUAAAGCGUGUUAGCCCCGAGACUAUCCUCGUUUUGGACGGUGUAUGCAGUGUUGGAAGCGAAGAGAUCCGUAUGGAGGAGUGGGGUAUCGAUAUUGUUCUCACUGCUACUCAGAAAGGUCUUGGCUGUCCUCCUGGGUUGAUGGUCUUGGCUGCUAGCAAGAAGGCCAUCGCUGCAUUUGAGAAGCGUACAGUUCCACCCAACAGCUACUUUGCUUCUUGGUCUCGAUGGCUUCCUGUCAUGAAGGCUUAUGAGGCUGGUACUGGUGCUUACUUCGCCACCCCUCCCACCAACCUUAUCUACGCUCUCCACGCCAGCUUGACCACCAUCACCAAAGGCUCCCCUUCCAUCGAGGACCGAUUCAAACAACACGUCGCAGCUUCAGACAAGGUUAAGGACUUUAUCACUUCGCUUGGUCUCAAACAGCUUGCUGCGGAUGGAAAGAAGGAUGGCGCUCACGGUAUGACUGCUGUUCGCUACCCUCAAGGUUUGAAGGCGACUGAUCUGUUGCCUAAGCUGGUGGCGAAGAACAUUGUCGUUGCUGCUGGUCUGCAUAAGCAGGUCAAGGAUGAAUACUUCAGGGUCGGUCAUAUGGGUGUUACUGUUGUGAACGAUAAGGAGAGGGGUGACCUUGAUUACCUGUUGAAGUCUAUUAAGGAGGCGCUUGCUGAGGCUGGGUACAAGCCUUAG